AUGGUAUUCUUUCGAGGAGCUCAGAACCUGGUCAUAAAUGGCGGCCAUUUUGCGCAGAUCAACAAUCAACAGACUGGUCCACGUUCUGGAAAUGGGUUGGAUGCUAUCCGUGAGAGAAGCGCAUUGAAUGCCUUACUUGACUCGAACGAGCGCUUCGACCCCCCCAAAUGCAAUCCAGAUACCCGACUCGCCAUCAUUGACCACAUUAUGAACUGGAUCGAGAGCAAGGAGCGGAGAGCGUCAAUGCUGUGGCUUCACGGUCCUGCCGGAGCUGGCAAGUCUGCCCUUGAGCAAACAAUUGCCGAGCUCUGUCAGUCCCAAGACGUUCUACUAGCAUCUUUCUUCUUUUCUCGAACGGUACCAAAUCGAAGCGACGGGAACUCUCUCAUCUCUACUCUGGCAUACCAACUCAUGUCCGCAAUUCCGCUAAUCCGCUCUUAUGUUAAAGCCUAUAUCAAGCAAGACCCCAACAUUUUCCACCGAACCCGAGAUGUGCAGAUGAGGAAACUCGUAUUGGAGCCUCUGAACAGUCUUCGCGCCAGAAUUAGCAUUUACUUCAAGAAGAAGAUAGCUUCUGAGGGGCGUUAUCGUCAUAGAUGGUGUUGGCGCAGUGGUGGUCAGAAGAUCAAUUUAGCGUUCGACCAGAACGCGAACAGAGAUAUACACACCUUCCUAGUAAAGGAAUUCCAAGAGAUUCGUCGCCUUCACCCCCAGCUUCCAUCGUCAUGGCCGCUCGAGGACGACAUACAGGCGCUUGUACGAAAAGCUUCGGGACAGUUCAUCUACGCCUCUACUGUCGUUGAUUUUCUUAAAAGUGCAGAUCACCGACCUGAUGACCGCCUUAAAGUAGUCCUUGGUCUAUCCCCUCCUCACGAUAACGAUGCGCCAUUCACCCAGCUCGAUGCCCUAUACUCGUAUAUCCUUUCCACAGGGAAGAACAUCCAGGCGUCGUUAUCAGUGCUCGCACUUCUGAUUCUUCCCAGCGCCCGGCCCAAGGUUGUCAGCCUUCUACCGCCCUACACGCGACUGUUGGGCGAUUCAUGGGCGAUCUUCAUCCUUGCACUGGAUGAGGCACGGGAUGCAGCGUCACGAUGUGGCAGCGCUAUGCUAGCGCAAACACAGGCUACCGCCGAACGUCGCUCCGGAUAUCUUACCAACCCUCCUGCUGUAGUGUUUGACUUCUUGUCCCCAACACCGCCCGAUGGUCGUAGUCGAUCUGUCCUACCUAGCACCCGGCACCACAGAACCGCUGCCGCGGCCAUCUGA